AUGAGUUCGCCGGAUUUGGUGCCUUCCGACUCCCACGGGGACGUCGGCGAGCAAAUCUCACAGCUCAUGCAGUGCAGGCCACUCUCGGAGAAGGAGGUUUCGCUCAUUCCCCAGUCCAGCCAUUUUUUUCCCAUUGUCUUGGUGACGGGGGCGGUUGCCCUAUGUUUGAAUAGGUGUUCAUCCGACUGGGGUUUUCACAUCGAUUAGAGUGCGGAGAGCACGGAUCAGCUCCUCUAAUGGGUGGAUCGGUGGCCAUUUGGGCUCUGUGUUGCUUGAAGACGAGGUUUGUUACAAGUUGUCUGCCGUUGCUCCGUUGAUCUGCGAAUUGAGCCAGUCUAGACGAGUUAGGGUAUCUGCUCUGACCCAAGGGGGUGGGAGGGUUUUUGUGUUAGUUGACUGCUUUUUGCGCCUUGUUAUUCACCGGAAAGCACCGGAUCUUAUUUAUCCUUUGAUAGUAUCUAAUUCUCGGUUAUUCAGUUCUGGUGUGACACGUUAACGAUAUUUGUGCAAAACUUUUUAGUAGAUAAGAUGAUUUCUUAGCCAUCUCAGAUUUGUGUCGAUGUGAAUUUUACCAACUUCUGUGCGGAACUUUGAUUCUAAGACAGUUCGGGUGUAUCCUAUUUUUAUGUCCAAUAAUCGAAGGGAGAUUUAUGUAGAAUGAACAAAGAUUAUGAGAAUUUCAUCUUUGACAUGUGCAGAACUUUUACGUUUUUUCCCAUUUUUUCAUUUUUCUAUCCAGUGUAAUUUUGACACAUUUCAUGGGACAAAUGAGACAACUUCUUAGAAACUACAUGCCAUUUUUUAACUCAUUUUCGUUGAAUGUCCCAUGGUGCUUGUGCCUCCACAGCUCUGUCAUAUUUUUGGGGGUAUGAAAGAAGGAUAGUCCCAUUCGAAUUAUGUGUUUAUAGUGGAGAAAAAAAUAUAUGCUGGUUAUUAAACAACUGAUUCAAAUUCGUAGAACGGACGGAUGAUUGACCACAUUUCCUCUCCCUGAGAGGAAAUUGGCAAUGAUCCACAUUUGGAGUACCUUUCGUUUUUACUUUUUCUUGAUUGAGCCACUAUGGAAUUUAGUCUUGAGAUUUAUUAGCCUUUGAAGUGUGAGGUUAGAGACUCUCUUGUUCCUAAUGGGACAUGGGAUACUCCAAGCCUUUUAUAGGAGGCCAUACAUGUAGAUGGUUGUAUUUCUUUCGAUCAUUUAGAUUCUGUCCGAGUGUUUCGAUCAUUUGAUUUCGUAACUGAAAUUGAACAUUUAUUUGGACUAAUUCUUUGCUCGUUAUUAUGCAAUCCUAUGGGAAGCUGUCUAAACAAGGCUUGUGAAUGAAUACAAUCCAAAUGUAGAAUGAACAGCAUACUAGCGCAGGUUUUUCUAAGAAAAUAACUUAUCUUGUGAUGUUUGUGGCAUUAUACUACAACUUAAUGUUUUGUCAAUUAAGACUGCAAUAGGCUUUGAAUGAGGGUAUCUAUUUUCUUAAUUAGGGAACCAAGGUGCAAAUUGUUUUUAAUGGCUCAGAAAAUUACGUAUGAUCCCAUUGAGUUCCCCUAUAAAAUCAUUUGCCUGAAUUUAAAGCCUGAUAGAGCUUGAAUACUACGGGCAUCAUGUGUCUUUGCCGCUAAACACAUCAAAAUUCCGUCCUCAAGUGCUUCAUCAUUUGCUUUUUAAGGUGCUGAGGAAGAGCUAUGCUUGUUCAAAGAUUUUGUACUGCCAAAUCAACAAAUUAUUAGAAUCUUUACUCAGAUGAUAAUUUUUUUUCCCUCCAGACUUUUGGAAGCUUCUCUGCAUUAGGACUUCUUGUACCUAUGUCUGCUAACGCAUGGGAGUUUUUGGAUUUGAAUUUGGUAUCUCUAUUGGCCCAUCCAGCUCUCCAGUUUGUCUAGUCACCUGAUUCAGUGAAGCUUAUUCAUUCCCUCUAACAAUCCAUCCCUCUUAGCCGGUUUAGGCUUCCACUCUGUUGGCCUUUCACCUUAGGAUACUGGUUUUUGCUGGACAAUUCUUAAGCCUCAGUUCACCGGCUUUUCUAUUAGUGGUCAUGAUCACUUGCUCAGGAGAAGGUUUCAUGUUUGCCUCAGCAUAGAUGUACAACAAUAAUUCUUCAUCUUUCUUUUUAGAACCAUAAGAAUGCUGUUUAUCUCUCAACUCAAUUUUCUAUUAAAUUUACAUAUGUUCAAAAAAAUCUUUUGCAAACUUUACAGUGUCUUAUCUAUGUGCUAAUGCCCCUGCCAUCUCUCCAUAUUUCGGUUGAUACGAAUAAUCAUCUCUUAUAGAAUUAUGCAAAUAAUACGGGUGAAAAUGGAUACGCUUCAUCUUGAUGUCAGACUUUCUUUUUAAAACAUGACGAUUUUUUAUAUUUAUUUAAAUGCAAUGAGUGUGUUUUUAGCGUACUUAUGUUCCCUGCAGGUGAAAAUAUUGUGUGAUAAGGCUAAGGAGAUAUUGGUUGACGAGAGCAAUGUUCAGGUUGGCUUUCAUGCUGUUUUUCUUAAUGGAUAGCAACUGUUUUUAUUUGUUGUAGUAUUUAUUUGCUGGGAGUUGGUACAAUCCAGUCUCUCCUUCAUCAUGUUCUUUGUUCUUUUGAAUAAAACUCUAACUUAAAGCCUUGGAUGUUUGUGGACUUUGUAAUAAACGGCAAGAACAGUUAAUGAUGAUGUUUUUAGAGUUUGGAAAGGUCGAGUUUAGGGUAUACAUUUAUUUUAAUUGCUCCAUUAAUUUCAUAAGGUCUUGAUGUGAUUGACCUGCAUCUUUGUUCAGACAUCAAGUAGUUUUAUUCCAUUUUCUUUUUGCCGUUUCCAUCAUUUCUUUAAUGCUAUUCAUGUUGGAAUCACGAAUUUAUUGCUGUGCAUAGAUUGUGAUAGAAAUAGAGAGUACACCAAGGAGAGACAAAGGACGCGAACAGAAAAUCCUAAUCGAGAGACUAUGGUAUUUAUACCAGAGUCUCAAGGAACCUAGAUGGGCUGAUAGGGUUCAUACUUGUAUGGGCGGGUAUGGCCACAAAUUGGAUGGACCUACAGUAUUCAACGGUCCCCCCUCAGGCUAGGGCAUAUACGUCAUAUGCACCUAUCUUAUUACAUAGAAACUAUACUCUAUGACCAUUUAGAAACUUGGGGAACACAUCUGUAAGUUGAUCUGUAGAGCUAACGUGGACUGUAAUGAUGAGUUGUGCCUAGAUCUUCUCUCUGAUGAAGUGAUAAUCAACUUCAAUGUGUUUUGUCCUCUCAUGGGAGAUAUGAUUAGAAGAAAUGUGAAUAUAGUAUGUGUCAUUGCCCUGUAUUCUGAUUAUCACAUUUGAGCUCCAUCGGGCCUUCAUGAGGAAAAUCAAGUUCUUCAACAAGAUGUUUGAUCCAUAUAAGUUCACGUAUGGUAUGUCAUUGCCUUGUAUUCUGAUUCAGCACUUGAUCGUAAAACCACAUAUUAUUUUUUACUUUUCUAAGAAAUAAGAUUGUCACCAUGGAAAACACAAUAGCCAAUAAUAGAUCUCCUAUCUAGAUUGCAACUUGUCUAAUCAACAUCCGAGAAACCCUACACUAUGAGAUGACCAUUAUUUUUAUAUAUAAGUCCUUUACUUGGAUUACCUUUGAGAUACCUCAAUAUAUGCAUGAUUGCAUUGAGAUGCUUGAUGUGUGAUCAUUCCAUGAAUUGACUCACCAUAGUAGUAGCAAAAGAUAUCUGGCCAUGUACUUGAUAUAGUUGUCUCCACAAGAAGAUCAAGGACAUACUUUCAUUGAUUGACUGCAAUUCCCUCCUUGGAUUGAGUGAUCUUAAUCCUCAUAAAGUAUUUGAGAUUAUCAAGGUUUGGUUGCAAAUUGUCCUUGUAAGAACUCUUUGAGUUGAGAGAUUCUUGCAUGAUCAUCUCUAAUGAUAGUGAUGUCAUCAAUAUAUAUAAUCAACAAAAUACGAUCAACAAAUGAAUGUCUAUAAAAGAUACAAUAAUCAACACCACAUCUUUGAAGACCAAACUACAACAUAGUAUUGUUGAAUUGGCUAAACCAAGCCUGUGGAGAUUGCUUCAAAUCAAAGAGAGAUUUUUGUAGGCGAUGUAUCAAAUUAAGACUUCCUUUAAGCAACAAAACUCGGUGAAAUCUCCUCUUGUAAGUCACUAGGAAGGAAUGCAUCCUUAUAUCUAGUUGAUGUAGGGGCCAAGAGAACCAAACAGUCAAUUCCAAGAUCUGUAUUGAAAUAAUUUUGGCAAUUGGAGAGAAUGUCUUGACAUUAUCUUCACCGUAUACUUGGUGAAGCCUUUGGCCAUCAAACAAGCUUUUAAUAUGUUUACAAAAUCAUCUAAGCCAACUAUAACAUUAAAUACCGAUUUGCACCCAACAAUGGAUUUACCAAACAGUUAUGAAAUUAUGCACCAUGUGCGAUUUUGCUUAAGGGCGGUCAUCUCUUCCCCCACAGUUGCAUGUCACCCAAGAUGACCUAGUGCUUAUAAAACACUUUUAGGGAUAGGUAUAUCUGAUAUGAAUGAGACAAAGGUAGAAUAAGCUUGAGACAUGUGAGAAUAGGAGAUAAAACUAGACAAAGGGUGAAGGGUGCAAGAUCUCUGCCCUUUUUGAAGAGCAAUGGGGACAUCUAAGUUAUCUGAAUCAAAGACAUUUUCUAUAUGACCGUUGGAUGUAGAUGAGAUUUGCUGUGGAUCGAGCACUUUAGUAAUUGUUGGGCAAGUUUGGAGAACUCUUUGUUGUGUAUAUACUUAUAUAUAGCGGGUUGACUACUAUCACCUACUAGACUUAACAUAAUAAUCACCUAUUAGACUACUAGACUCAGUAUGACUAUCACCUAUUGGAGUACUAGACUCAACAUGACUAUCACCUAGUAGACUACUAGACUCAACAUGGCUAUCACCUAUUGGAAGAUCAAUAACAGAUGUAGACUCAAUAAUUACUGUUAGAGGUAAUGAUUCUUCUGAUGACACACAAGGUGUAGAAACAUAAAGAAAGAAUGUACCUUCAAGAAUGUAACAUCAAUUGAGACAAUGUGAUGACGAAGUGAUGGAUAUAACACUUCUAUCUUUUUUAAAUAUGAGAAUACCCUAAGAAAAUACAUGUUAUAGAUUUAGGACCAAGUUUGUAUUGACCAACUCCUAGUUUAUGGACAAAACAAACACAUCCAAAUAUUUUAGGUGGGACAUUGUACAAUGGUUCUCUCAGGUGAAGGACAAAGUAAGGCAUCUUGUUGUCUAAAACAAAAGAUGUUAUGUAGUUGAUUAGAUAAGUGGUUAUAAGUAUCGCAUCUCUCCAAAAUUUUAUAGGAACUUGCACAUUAAAAGAAGUGUACGGGCAGUUUCAAUAUCUAUUCUCCCCCUCCCUUCUUGAAGUAGCUAGAUUAAUUGCUUUAGGAGGAUGUCCAUGUAGGUCAUAGGAGUUAUCUCUAGUGUGACCCCUUCUUCCACAGUGAGUGCAUUCAGGUCUCUACCGUCCACCAGUGCUUCUACCUCCACCUCUCAUCCGACCAGUACACCCACCUCACCCACGACCAUGUGAAGAGGUAUCCGUGGCUUCCUCUGUAGACAUCAAGGCAAUGGUCUCACCAGCUGCUGAAGUAGUUUGCAUACCUUCUUGGUCUUGAAAAGCCCAAGAGAUAUGCUGAUGCAUCUCAGCAAAUGAUGUUCACUCAGUUCCAGAUAGAAUCUGACUAUGAAUGCCAUCAUAUUCUUCUUGAAGUCCUCCAAGAAGCUUCAAGAUGGUCAUUUGUGCACGCUGCUUCUACAUCAUCUGAAUAUCACUAGAGAUGGGUAAUAAAGUAUGAAGAUCAUCAUUGAGUCAUGUCACCUCAUCAAAAUACUGAAGCUCUUAUCUCCUUGCUUCAACCCGAAAUAUUCAAUUGUCAUAUCAUACAUUAUUUAAAUAUUAUUAGAAAACAUAAGAGCAAGAUGGUCCCAUACAACCUUACAAGUAUUAAGACGAUUUACAGAUCAGCAACAUUUGACUCCUCGGAGUUCCACAUUAUGUUGAGGAGAUUUGCAUCUUGUUGUUCCCAUCUAGCCAGAUUGGAGGAGGAUUCAUCGGUGAGAUGCUUGAUUUUGCCUUGACCUUUGAAAUAAUAGAUCUUAAUAGAUCUACUUCAUUGAGUAUGGUUUUUGUCAUUUAAUUUUCGAAUUGUAAUGAUGUGACUAUGGACUAUCGCUGCUGAUUGUGGAGCUAUAGAGGAUUUUGAUUCAUCAGCCAUCAAUGGAAAAAUAAUAGACAAAAUCCAAACUUUGAUUAUUAACUUUGACCAUUGACUAUCUGUUGAUAAGUUGACUAUUGACUAUUGACCCUCGACUGCUGACCACCUCUUGACCCCUUUGGAGAGAGUGCCACUGUGUGACUUCUAUCAGAUGGAGUGGUAUUGACCAUAGGGCAGAUGGCGACAAUGGCUUGAUGGCAGCAGAUGGUGCUGAACAGGGGCGGCACUAGACAGGGGUGAUGGUGCGUGAAGGAAGACUUGUUCCACCUCUAGGGUUUCUGCUGGAUGGAAACUGGCUCUGAUACCAUGAUCAAAACAGAGAGUACACGAAGGAGAGAGGGGGAGGGAGACAAAGGUCUCGACAGAAAAACCCUAAUUGAGGGACUCUGGUAUUUAUACCAGUCUCAGGGAACCUAGAUGGGCUGACAGGGCCAUUAUCCAUAUGGCCCAUAUCCAAUGGGUGGAUAUUGUCAUGACUUGGUUGGGCCUACAUUAUUCAACAAACUGCGUAUGUCCUUUUCGUGUGGUUAAAAUUUUAUCAGUCUUUUCUCUUUUUAAGCAAUUGUCUCUGCAUCAUACAUUGUGUCCUUAAGAAUUUUAUUUUUAUGAUUGUUUCUUGCUGCACACUGUAAAUACGGUCAGGAAUAAUGGAAGGUAAUGUCCAUUGUUGUGUAGGCAUAAGUUUGACGCUUGAUUAGUUUGCAUCAGUGGUGAUAGAACUAUUUGAACUGUUUUCAGUAAAAAUAAAGUAAUGGAGGUUUCUUAUUUUUGUUUUUCUGUGAAAUGAUGUUUUCCCAUGGGUUUUUGUAGCAGUCAAUUGAGAAAAGUCCUCCCACAAAUCCUGAACCCUCUCCCAAUCUUCAAUUGACAAAAGCUAAGGAGAUCAUACUGUUCUGGAACCGUCUUCCCACUGAUGUUUCAGAGGUCGUUGUGAUGUAAACUGUGCUACAGUUGUAACCCUUCUUGGUUAGUGGCAGUAUAGUGGACGAAUACCCUUUUCACUUGCUGCCUCUCCACCCCCCAUCCUCUACAUACCAUAAAACAGAAAGGGAAUAUCCAUUAACCAAAGAAAGAGCGUCACUCUCAUUCAAAAAUUCGUUUUUAGCUUACAAAAUUAAUUCUUCCAGGCUGUAUGCUUUAUGGGAACUUUUCUGUGGAAUCAGCUUUUUUAGAUCAUUUUUUUUUACGUUAUUAUCAACUUGGUUUUAGUCUAGUCACAGCUUCACAUAAAAAAAGCAAAAGCUUGACUGCGAACCUUUGGGAGCAUUCUAUAAUCAUGAAAAGUAAAAUCAUUUGUCUAUGUUGCAGCCUGUGAAGAGUCCUGUGACAAUAUGUGGUGACAUUCAUGGGCAAUUUCAUGACCUUGCAGAAUUAUUCCGCAUUGGUGGGAAGGUAUGCCCCUUCUCUCUUUCUCAUUGUUAAAUUCUCUAUGAACACAUUUUUUUGCUCUUUGAUUGAUAGUAAUCGUUUUGGCAUUGCUUCCCUAUUUUAUAUGGAUGUGUUUACCAUCUGGUAAACUAAUAAUCUUCGAGCUUUCUUUAAAUCAGUUUUGGAAAAAAGAUAGUAUUUCAAAACUAGCGAAGUAUUAGAUAACUAUCGGCUUUGUUUAUUGCUGAGCCUGGUAUCUAAUCGGUCUUUUUAGUUCUUUGCCAGAAUACACUUGGAACUGCUAUAUCCGAUGUAAUUCCUGCUGACUUUAACAUAUUGGCCUCUGUACCUCUUAAUUGAUCUUUGUAUUCCUACUCUCACAUUGCUCUACUCAGCCCUUGCCCAUAACCACAGGCUCAACUGCAGAAAGACAUUAUUGAGUUUAAAACCAUGCUAAGUGUAGUGAUGGAUCAUUCUACAGUGAUGCACCUUCCAUUUCUAGAGACAGAAAGAAUGGAAAGGAGGGGAAAAUGCGAACGAUUUUAUGUUGGAGUCAAGCCAAGCUAUGAUGCUUUUUUUUUUCUCGCUCCCUCUCUCUGCCUCCCCUCUCCUUUUUUUGUUUCUUCCUUCUUUUGGAGGCUGGAGGGAGUAGAAUCUUUCCUUAACUUGCCAUGGUGGGUCGCUGUCACCUAUCCUCCUCUCUGUUUCAAUUCCUUCCCCGAUUGUCAGGAAGUCAACAACUAGGAUAGGGACCAUGAAUCCUCUAGCCAUCUGUGUGUCUCCCCUCCUUUUGUUGUCAAAUUGUAAGGUAGGACGUGCAUACGGUUGUUGGCAAAUACCUCACAAAUUUCUGGUAGUCGGGUGGGUUGUUACACUAAGGGGUUAUUGGCAUUCCUUGCAGUUGUGUACUUUAGCAUUCACACACCUAAAGAGUAUUACAUCCGGAGUAUACCCUAAAUGAAGUACAUUGACCAUCAAGGGUCCACUUUUUCCUUAUCCCCGUCUUCUGACCAGCAGUUGUAGCUACAUUGCACUGCGCAACAGCAAGAUCCUUUUUUCUGUCUUAUUGUAUAAUCAAUGUAGUGUGGAGAGUAUUAGUCAGUCCAGUGCGAAUUCAGGUGGGUAACUCUACCAGUUUUCGUGAUCUUCUUGUCCCAUUUAUGUCUGACAUUGAAAAAGGGAAAAGAGUCAUUGAGAAUCCUCAUGUUUUUUUUUCUUAGACAUCAUCAGCAGAGCAGUAAAAUCAGUUAUCAAUUCGCCAAAGGAAUGGAGAUUGGAGAUUGGACAAACCACAGAAGGAUAAACAGUCAGGAAAAAUGUCUUCUACUUCUCAAAUCAUAGAACAAUUGCUAGUUAUAUACAAUUACCCUGGUCACAAAAAAGGAAACUACCUAGGUUAAGGAAACUGACCAACAGAAACUAACUCAUAAUUAUACGUUUUUCCCAAAAUUACCAAUAACCUAUUAUAAUGACUGACCGGGAUUUAGGAAAGAAGGAACAUUUUACUUUUAAGGAGUCUUUUUUUUAUUACUAUUUUUCCAUUUAUUUUUUCUUUUCUUUUCGUGUACAUCAUCCUUAACAAAAAAUUUCGUUCUUUCCGAAAAACGAUAGCUGUAGCUUAAUUAUAAAGCCUGCUUGAUUUUUGCACUAUUCGUACAGCGUGGGUUCAGUUCAAACCUAACAAAACGUGACAUGUUUCCAAUGAGAUUCCACGAAUGAAGACCCUAAUCUUGAUUUGGUUGAUUCUGAACAUCUUCUGUUAUUUGAAAUGUUCUCUUUUUUGGAAAUGUUUCUUGAUAGUCAUCAAUGCAAAUGUUUUGUUGGUUUUGUUUUUUAAAUGUCCCUCCUAAAUUGGAUGAAUCUGAUCAGUUUCUAUGAUUUGAACAUAUUCUGUAUCUUUGAACUGCCUAUUAUGGUUUAUCACGAUAGUUUUUUCUUUUUGCAAUUAUGAACCUGGGGCCAUAUUCUGAACUGUACAAUGUGUAACUGUACUUGGACUAUACUGGAUCCAAUCUAUGUACUACCAAUUUUGUAACUCAUGCGAUCAAUUGAUCUCUUAGCUCCAACUGAAUGUUUUCGUGUUAGUAUUUCUAAAUCUAUUAAAUAUUUUGGCAAAUCCUACAUUUUAUGAUUGUUUACCUGCUUCCUCUUAGUACUCAACUGUUCACUCUGUAGCUUCGUUUUACCUGUAUAAGUAUCAAGCUGAUGAAUGUUUGUAUCCUGACUUCUAGUGUCCAGAUACCAAUUACCUGUUUAUGGGAGAUUACGUAGAUCGUGGAUAUUAUUCAGUUGAAACUGUCACAGUAAGGUUUUCUCAUCUUUUUUUUUUCUGGAGGUUCCAUUUUGUUAAAAAUGCUCACCUAUCCAUUUUUUUCAGAUUAUAUUUUCUGUUUACACAAAUGGAACCCAUGUUUACCUUUGAACCACUUUUAAAGAAAAGCAUCAAGUGGUAUUAUUUCUCACAUAAGAUACAUGCUGGGUGUAAAGUCCACAUUUUCCUAUCUUUUAGAUCGUAAGCUUUCUGGUUUGUGCGUGAUAAAAAUUUGGUUCACUUGAAUUGAAUGGGGAUUUAUGACGAAUACACUUGGUCAACUAGAAUAACUUUUUAACAUGCUGCCUGUGAUCAUAAUGAGAAAUAAUGACAUGUUAUGUAAACAAAACUUUAUAAUACUGCAAAAUAAAUGACAGUGACAAGAAGAUUCCAUAGCAACAAGUGGAUUUUAUUUUAGCAUCACGUUAGAUUGUUAUCAUUAGUAUUAGUGAAGCCAACAACGUGCUACAAUGUACUCACUAGUUUGUGCUUGUAAUACAGCCUGAUAAUACCACUUGGAGCAUAUUCCUGGAAAUUUUAUUGUUUGUCUCAUCACCUUAAGUGUUUAUCAGUCAAAUCUAUCGUUUGACUCUUAUCUCCUUAUCCACUUCAUUCUCCACAGUUGAAAAAAUGUUGCGAACAUUUCUAGCCUUAUUGGGUAGCAAGCAUCAUCAACACUUUACAGAAUUGGGUGAGGACUAGGCCAUAGUAGAUAUGUAUGAAAGUGAGAUAAAAUUAAGUACUUUCACCAACUCAUUUAUUGCAUCAAGACGGGAUUACCAAUCCAUAAAUUCAGGCUUUCAAGAGGGAGGAGUCACCUCUUUCAUCGUGUCCAUACGGUUAUAUUUUUUUCCCCCUAAAAGCACAUGUGAAGAACUGGCCUCUUCUUUUCUUCAGCUAGUUCUCCACCGAAAUAUGUUUUAAAACUAUGUCAAAGAAGAAAAAAAAUAGGUAUUGGGAGAGACAGCAACGUGGAUGAAUGUCAGCAUGAGCUUUUCUUACUCUUUAAUUUCUACUACUAUUGUGUCAACGAGCUAGAUGAUUGGGUGAUGAAAGAAAAGUUCCAGAUCUCCCAUUCCAUUUCCCUCUUCAGCAUGGUAUUAAAGCAGUAUUGGCUAAGUUGACUACAGGUUUACUCCUGGGGUGGAUGAAUUUCGAAUAAUUCUUUGCCAAAAUAUCCACAAUUUUGAAAAGUCAUUCUGCUAUCCCAGGAACUAGGAAUUGUAAUUAAAUUCUCAAAAGCUUUAAAAAAGGACCUCAACUCAUUGUUUGUUCAGCUAUUCAUAGCAUAUGAUUCUGUGGAUUUACUAAUUUGACUCUUUGUGCUAUGUAGUUUGCUAUUAGAUUUUCUAUGCUUUUAGGAAGUGGUCUCUGCAUAUUCGUUUUCUUUUUCUGGACUAGUCAUAAUCUUUCUGAUUGUCUGAUAAGUAUACCGCUUGAAUGAUCACCUUCAUGUUUGUGAGUUCUAGUUGCUGCUGGGGAGGUUUUCAUUCUUGUACUACUAUAGGAACCUCUCAUCUAUAGUGUACUCUAUUACUAUGUUUUUUGAAAUGAUUACUCCGUAUUCGUUUAUUUCCUGUUUAGCUAUAGUCUUCCAAAUUGAUUACUGAAUAAACUGAUAGGAUUGUCAACUUGACACACUUGGAAUUUACUUUUCUGCUCUGGGGCCUUUACCCUUGUCAUCUGUCGGGAAUCACUUAACCCAUUGAUUAUCUUUUUUGGUUUUGUUUUUCCAGCUCCUUGUUGCCCUCAAAGUGCAAUUUCCCCAACGAAUUACAAUUCUUCGCGGAAAUCAUGAAAGUCGGCAGGUACUAUUUUUUUAGUUGCUUUUGUUGUUGUCUUUUAUCCAAGAAGUGACUGCAUAUCUAAUUGCUUUAAGUUUUGAUUUUGUUUAUAGUUCAAUAUCCCUAUCUUUAUGGAUUUCUCAUUUAGAAUACUUGGACAUGUAAAUCAUCUAUUUCAGGUUAAGUGCAAAAUUUUCAGUUUUAUUUGUCUAACUAGUUGGUUACUUCUUGCUCUGCAGAUUACUCAAGUUUAUGGGUUCUACGAUGAGUGCCUAAGGAAGUAUGUUUCUUUAAUUCAUAUCGCUUUUUUUUUUUGUAUCUUCUCCAAUGUAUCUUUUUUUUGUCCUUUGUAGUCCUCUUUGUUGUGCUUUUUAGUUGAGAGGCAAUUCUGUUUGUCUCAGAGCCUUAUUAUCAUUUUCAUGUUUUAUUGGACUGUUUGUUACCUAUCAAUGGACUCGAAAAGUUUUUCCAUUGUGUGAAAACUUUACCCCAUAAGGAAGGAUCCGGCUUUCUUCAUUUGUUCUUUUUUUACCUAUCAAUGGACUCGUAGAAUUUUUUCCGCUAUGUGAAAACUUUAUCCUGUAAGGAAAUAUCUGGUUUUCCUCAUUUAUUCUUUUUUAUGUAUAGUUUUGAUUUGUAUAAAACUUAGUUCCCGACUUAGAAAUUUCCAUUUAAAAUCUUUUGUUUCGAACUCCCUGAAAAGUUGUCCCGUUUACCAAGGAAGGUCUUGGAGAUUCUUUAUAACUUCAUAUCCUUAAGUAGCAUUUCCCAGAAAGGAGUCAUUACCUCAGUUCCAGUUUUCACCUUCUAUAUUGUGAACUUUUUUUUUGAAAAAGUUUGGUUUUUGUCGUUACAAAUGAGUGCAAUGAUGGUUGUGAACUGCAAUUAAAUCCCAAGAUUUCCAUAUUUACAUAAAGUCUGUAUAUCCAAUCGGGUUUAUAUGCUGAUGUGCAAUAUUUCUUUGUUUAUAUCACUUUGUGCUUUGCCUCUAUAACAUUGUGUUUACAUUGGAGGGUUUACAUUGUGCCUUACCCUUGACCUAUGGCGCAGGCUAGAAUAAUAUGCAUCAGUCUUCAACUCAAUGUGAAUAUACUUGGAUUCCGACUUUUCAACUGCAAUUAAAACUGAAUUUAUGAUAUUUCUUUUUGAGAGAACAAAUGAGUUUUGAUCUAUUAAAUUCUUUGAGUCACAUAUAGUUUUGUGAUCUAUCUUCAUAUGCUGGUUCUUCAAAAUCGAAUUCAUGGAAGUCUUUUCGGGUACCCUCAUUAACCUUAUUCCUGUAUUAGAAACUGAGUUUGGUGUAUUAGGUGGUUCUGAUCAAUAUUUUCUGGUCAUAUGUUGCCUCGUCUGUCUCAUAAAUGACUCUAACUUUGGUAUAUCUUCCCUUAGGAUUAUGGCUGCUAUAUUUCGUAUUACAUUCUACCAUCAUUGAUUGCUACACGUGCCUCUUUCUGAUCCUGCUUCUGAUCCCAUAUAUUUUGCAUCUAAGCCAACCUAAGCUUAGUUAUACUGGUCAUAUUAGAUUUUUAGAUAUUGACUCGUGAUAUAAAUGGGACUCAGCCAUGUUUACUACCUAUGAUCAUGUUAGGAGAAGGUCAGUCUUAUUGCUUGUGGACUACACUGAAUCGGUGUUUAAUCAAUUCUAUACUCCGCAAAAUCGUCUCAUGGUUGUGUCAGACUGCAAAUAUGAAAGUGGUACAACUGGCUAGUCUCUGUUUUUCUCUACUCUGUGGCUCCUUCCUCUGUUCUCAUUUCUUCUUCUGUAGCAGAUAGGAUUACUUGUAGGAGGUGAUUUGUCUCCUCCCCCUCUCCUUCUUCAUUUUCUUGUUCAACACAGUACCAAGAAAAUAACCAAUGAAAAAACACCAUCACCUUUACGUAUCCACAUAAAUGUGAAUAUCAGAUAAUAUCAGUGUAUGUUUGAUGCGAUUUCUGACUCAACACGGCUGUGGGAUGUGCCUUCCGCGAUUUUAGUUAAAUCAACAUUGGCUUUGUAAAUGUUUCAGAAAAAGUUUGCCGAAUCAUUUUGAGGGUAUCUGCAUUCAUGUUUGGCUCCUUGGGAGGUGUCUAAACGUCGUUUCUGCUUCUUAGAAACAAAUAUAAAUUGAUGGAAUCUACAGUGCUUUAUCUGACUAUCAACAAUUCAACCCUAGAUGAAGAGUAUAUAACUAAGCCAAUAAAUGUUACUUUUUAGCUCGUGCAAUUUAGACGGUGGGGGAACUGUGCCAAUAACACUUCAUAUUUUCGCUGGCUUUUCGUUUGUCUUUGAUUAAAUACAUUCCAUCUUUUUUAAUUUCAGGUAUGGUAAUGCAAAUGUUUGGAAGAUCUUCACUGAUUUAUUUGAUUAUUUCCCUCUGACAGCAGUGGUUAGUGAAUCAUACAACUCCUUGCUGUCUAUAGACUCUUGUCUUUGCUACCGUUAUAUUUAUUUUCGCUUUCUUGCUGUUUAGACAGACUUGCAGAUGCUCAAAUGUAAAAAGAGAUCCUGGAAUGUUUAUUUUUGAUUGCCAUUCUUGUGGUUAAUUUUGUUGAAACUGAGGUAGUAGAAAAGAAAGAAAGAUAAGUUAUGUGAUAUAUAUAUAUAUAUAUAUAUAUAUAUUAUCUGUGAUUCAAACUUUAUGAAAACGUUUUCCUUAGAAAAGAAAGAAGGCUAUCUUGAUGCUACAAAUUUUGGUUAGGUACAUGCGAUAGACUAUGAUGGGAAUAUUCAUGCUCUUGAACACAUUAUAUAGUCUAGUCGGCAUGUCAAUUUUUCCUUACUUAUCUGUAGCAAUCAUCAAACUGGAGAAUGAACGAUGAGAAGUACGUAUGAAGUUCUGUAGGAAAUUUAGGAAUGCAGAGAAUGUUUACCAGCAGAUAGCCAGACAAACGUGCUUAAAACUGAGGCUAUGAAUGGUGAGUCUUCAUACUACGAAGAGAUGGGUCGUGGCAGAUGUUUAAAGAUAAGACAAGAGAGCAUGUGAGUAGAUUUGUGCAUGGUUCUACUCACGUUUGUUGGGAAAUUCAGUUGUUUGCUUCACGGGUUCCGUAGAUAAAUUUGUUAGCACUUUCUUUGGAUCUUCUUAAGCAGUCCUCAAUCGUAGGUUGGUUGAGAAAUGGAUGUGGGAGACUUUCACUCCAUCAUUCGCCUUGUUGAUUCUGAACUUCGUUCGCAAAGAAACCAUACUGGAGAAGCUUUCACGACUCUUUCCUCAUGUUCGGUUGAUUCCUGGUGCGGAACUCUCUAAAGAGAGACAUUCUUCGUCUUCUAAUUUAAGCUAUUUCGGUGGGUGAGAAGGCUGCCAACUCGUUCUGAUGCCUUCUUGAAGGUGGUGCACGUGGGAAUGAGGUAGUGACGCUGUUGUUCCUUAACGGUCAAUGCACUUCCUAAAAGAUGUUUUUCAACGGGGAGCCACUUGAUUGCAACGCUGCAGAAAAAAAUGAUGUUUCAGCUACAUCACGAGCUUGUGUUCGCGCCAUAUUGCGCCUUGUGGGGCAGUUCGUCACUCCCCGGCGUACCUGUGCUUAGAAAUCAGUGUGUUAGUGAAAGACAUUCUUUUGCUUUAGAGGCACCCACAAAGAACGGGUCUAUUUUGAGGUUAAACCGUACCUCGACUUACUUUAUGUAAGUAAGGAAUGCUUGACUACUUGGUCCAUGACCAAGCGCCUCUCAACAUAGGAAGUAAUAAAAAAUCACCUACUCGAUUGACAGGCAUCGCUUUUGUAGCUGCUUUAUCUUCCUGAAGUCGUAUGAACCAGAAAUGAAUUAACAAAUAUGAAGCCAGACUUACUGCUGUUGCUGAAAGCGAUGCAUGGCAUACAGUAGGUUGUUUGAGUGUAAGGGACGCAACUUUAUUUUCCUUUCUACAGUCAUGUCAGAAAUCCUUGGUUAAUAGAGCUUAUCAGGAACAUUAUCUAUAAAAACCCAACUCACCGUAGUUCAGAUGUUCUGGGCAAGUUCAGGCGUAAAUUUCCUUAUGUGUUGAAUCAUACGGCUUAAAACGAAAAGUGGAGAAAAUGUAACACUGACUUUGUUGUAAUCAUGUCUGCCUACCACAUAAAUACAUAGUUUUGAUCAAGCUUUCCACUAUUAUGAAUUGGUUUGGUAAUUCUGGAACAUUAGAAGAUAUCUGUAUCCUAUGUGAUGUGGAUGCAUAGGUAUGUGAAACAUUAUACAUUCUUUUCAUCAAGCUUUCCACUGACAGCUUGUGCUGAGGAAUUGAUGGAACGUUGGAAAAUUGCUCCAACCUCUGAGGCUUUGGGAUGUUGAAAAAUGGAUAAUAUGUUGGAACUUCAUAUCAGCGUCCCAGAUCAGUUGUUUAGUUAUCCUACCCCCACCCCCUUUAAGUACUUGUCAAGGAAAGAAGUUUAUUUGUAGCCUUAUGAUGUUACUUGCAGAAAAAGGAAAGAGAAUCCCUCUAUCUUCAUGAUAUUUAUCAAGAUAAAUGAAGGCCAGAAAGUAUUAAAGCAGAAGAAUAAUAUUGGGUCAUAAAUCGUGGCCCCGCUCCUCACCUAUUUAUCUUGAGAGUAGAGUGGGCAGUACUCAUAAGACGAUGUGGACGUUAUAGGCUCAUGUUCUAAACCACUCACUGGCAUAGUAACAUGAUAGUGGGCCUAUUGUUGUAUACUUUCUAACAGAAAGUACAUGCCUAAAACAGUCUCCCAAGCUCGUGAUGGAUAGGAUUUUUGGUUUUGGUUUCUGCACUCCCAAAGAUCCUCAAUUUUAAGUCCUGUGACUAUUUGCUAAUUUUCUUGACAUUCUGAUAUUCUGGUACACUAUUCUUUGGAUUUAAUGGAUUUUGAAUUCCUUGUAGUUUUUUCAUCAUCUAGUCAUUACCUUCAUUAAACCAACAAACUUUGAUGACGCAUGAUGUGUGCCAUUGUGAUUCCUUUUUAUCAUUUUUAGUUUCAUUGAAAUAAUUUAUUGUUCUGUUACAGAUGAACAGUUGAUUGAUGACUUAUUUUUUACUUGAUUUCUAGUUUUCUUUAAACUCUUCUCUCUGAUGAGAUGUUUCUUUUACCAUAUUUAUGCAGCUUUCUUAACCAUUAGAGAUGAGAGUUGAAAAACUUUGAGAAUCUGAUCUAGUUUACUUUAUUUGAUCGUAUUUCCUCACUCGACGCUUGUUUGAACUAUGGGAAGGGAAUUGAGCUGUAAUUCCUUUUUGCCGAAUGUUUGGGGAUUCCUCUUCUUGCACGUUCCUGCUAUUCUGACUUUGAUUGAUUUUGACUUCACUGAAGGUUGAGUCUGAAAUAUUUUGCUUACACGGUGGGCUAUCACCCUCUGUUGAGACCCUUGACAACAUAAGAAACUUUGAUCGUGUUCAAGAGGUUCCACAUGAAGGGCCCAUGUGUGAUUUGCUAUGGUCGGAUCCUGAUGAUCGCUGUGGUUGGGGUAUUUCCCCUCGCGGUGCUGGAUACACAUUCGGUCAAGUAAUCCUUUUCCUUUUCUUAUUCGCUUUUGAUUGUGGUUUUUAUGCUAGAUUGAGUCGAGCGAGCAGUUCCUUUUUCUGUCUUCACUUUCUGCCAGUUACAGCCCAUCUUUCCUCAUCUUGACGCUAUGACAUAUGUUUCAGGACAUAUCUGAGCAAUUUCACCACACAAAUAAUCUGAAGCUGAUUGCAAGAGCUCAUCAGUUGGUCAUGGAUGGAUUCAACUGGGGACAUGUAAAACUUCUUCCUUCACUGCCAAGGGAAUUUUCCCAUUUUUUUCUGGAGAUUUUCAAGCUUUGGUGGAUUUAUACCGAUGUGCAUGGAACAGGAACAGAAGGUGGUGACUAUUUUCAGUGCGCCAAACUAUUGCUACCGUUGUGGAAAUAUGGCAUCCAUUAUGGAAGUUGAUGACUGCAAUGAUCGCACGUUCAUUCAGGUCUCCCUCCCUCCCUUCCUGACUGCGUGCAGUUGAUUAUAGAUCUAUGACUUACAUUAGUAACUUGGAAAAUAGUCAUUUCUAUUCUUGGAAAAUAUAGUUGAAAAAUGGUUUCUCCUUUUUUUUGGGGGAGAUUUUCCAAUAAAUUGUCUUUUCGAAUCCCUUAACCUAUUGCUUAUGAGAACCAUUAGUAUCUUUCAUUUUGUUUAAGGUUGUUUGAGAUGCAGAGAUUAUUCACAUUUCCUUGCCACAUUAAGCCUAGUUUCUCUCACAUUAAGCCUCUCAUUGGCUGCCUAUUCCUCGAGUCAUUUGUUGCUUAUGGGAGAAGAUCAAAUAAAAUAAAGUUAUGAAAAAUCACGAAAUCCAAAGUUUCCCCAAGGAAGAUAUUAGCGUUUCAUUAUCAUCAGCAGUGUUCUCACCAUCUGGGUUUGUUAUUUUAUUUAAAUAUAAUAAACUUCAUGGGUCUCAUACGUAUUCAGUGCAUCUUAAUCUGGCAGCAGCUAAUUGUCUCUUUUUUUUUUUUUUCUUUCGUUCUAUAUUUUCAGUUUGACCCCGCUCCCAGAAGAGGGGAGCCCGAUGUUACUCGUAGAACGCCAGAUUACUUCCUAUGA